UCCUUUACACUCUUUUCUUCUCACAACCACUACUCUCACUAUUCCCUCCUUUUCCUUCAAGGGUUUUGAUCUAAAGAUUCCAUUUUGAUUAUUCAGAUCAGAGCAGAGGAAGAUCUUCGAUUUCUCUCCGGUCCAACUGAAUUUUGGUUUCCAUACAUAGCACCAGAGCAAGUAGUCGUGGAUACUUCCACAUUACAGAGGAGAACAGUAUGCGUUGGUUGAGUUUAUCAGUUGACGUGUUUCGCAAAGUUGUGCUGUUAAACCUAUAUUGCAGGGUUAUUCUGUAAACCAUUUCUUAACCAAAUCCUGAUUUUUUUUGCUUCUCUUGGCCUACUGUUCUUUGCUCAAUUGACCAUGGGAUCCACUCGUUUUUUCGUCAUUUCUUGUGACAUGCAUAGGAUUAGCUGAAAAAGUAGAGACUAAACCUUGUUAUAACACGAACUCUCCUUUUAAUUCCUUUUCUUGCUGAGUAUUUGUCUUGUCCCUCUAAAGUAGUCAAAUAGUCAAGGGUUGAGAGAAGUGAUGGUGUGCCAAGCAGCAAGCCAAACUAGAUUUCGGGCCUUAAAACAUGAGAGUGGGAUCGCAGGGAGACCAACGAUUAUAGUAAGAGUGAUUGCAUGCUUUCAACCUUUGCAGGAUUGCCAGGCUGAGUAUUUCCGUCACUUGCUUAAACCUGUCACGUAGAUUGAUUCCUUUCUUUUCGUAUCAAAUUGAGCUGGAAUUUGUAGAUUUUCCUUUUCUAUUCUUUGUUCCUAAAAGAAGCAGAAAGUAUUUGAAUCUUCCAGAUUAAAGCAUCAAUCCAUCUCCUGGUGAUUGUUUUUACCUGGAUGGUUAAGGCCAACGAAUCUCGGCUUUAUCCACAGCAUUCUGCUUGGCAACCAUCUAAACUGAAUUUCAUGAGCACGGCAUUGCAGCCGAGGCAACAGGAAUGUUUGCCAGCAUGUAUAAGCCCUGGCACUUGCGUCCCCUCUGCACGGUUGGCAUUGCCCAGGUUUGCAGUUCCUGGUAUACCAGACUUGAAGACUGGACAACCAAAUGACGCUCAUGCAUCUCUUCAAUGUUUACCUCUUCACUUCCAGAGCUUGCUUCCCACUCCUAACCCAUAUCUUAAAGGAAGGCAAUCUCCCUUGUCUCAUGGGCUUGAUGGGAAUGCUGGGCCAAAUGCAAGCUCUGGGUCUUCUCCAAAGAGAUUCCUUAUUUUUGAUCAGUGUGGGAAUCAAACAAGGCUAAUUCAUAAUUCGGUUUGCCUCCCUGUCUGGAGUCCAGCUACUGUUACUACAAAACCAAAUUUUGGUUAUAAGUUAUAUGAGGAAGAGCAGGCAGCUAGAGUGAGUCCAACUGAUCCAAGAAAGUACUUUUUACACGAAGAGUCAGGUGAGAAUAACAUAGCUAGUGAGGAAAGUGAGAUGCAUGAAGACACAGAAGAAAUCAAUGCGUUGCUUUACUCUGAUGAGAGUGAUGAUGAUGAUGAUGAUGAUUAUGGUGACGAUGAUGAAGUAGCAAGCACAGGCCAUUCUCCAAUGGCCAUUAAAGGGAGUUGUGCGAAACAAGAACAUGUUGAAUACAUCAGAGAGGAAGUUGCUGGUUCAGAUGGCCCAAACAAAAGGCUGAAAUUGCUUGAUGGUGGGUUCAAAAAAUCAUCACCGACGGACACUGCUAGUUCGGUAAAACUGGACAGAUCUCUUGCGUAUGACAGUGAUGCAGAAUCAGGCUAUGCCAUUGGCCGGAACCAACAAGGAGAGGAAGCGGGUUCUAUUUUGGGCAAAAGGAGUUUUAAAAGGGAUCAGAUCCGUGAUGCAUUGAGAAUUCUUCAGAGCAUAAUUCCUGGUGCAGAGGGAAAGGAUCCAUUGUUGGUUAUUGAUGAAGCUAUAGAUUACCUAAAUAGUAUGAAGCUCAAAGCCAAAUCUCUGGGGGUGAACCGCCAAUAGCUUGCGUACUAGAAGGGUUGAAAGAAAGGUGAAAAGGUAAGUGGUAAACAUAGAUUUCUUGACUUGAGUGAUUGAUGACUUUGAAAUAAGUAUUAGUGGCUAUGGUUUUGUGGGGGCCCUUUAGCAUCUUUUCCUGAAGAGGUGUGUAUAUAAUGGGCCAAUAAAGGAAAAAGAUGUAAUGUUAUGGGGAUGCACUUUGGUUGCUAAGGGUGAAGAAAAAAGGGUGUUUUUUUUUUUUUUUUUGGUUUGUUGACCAGAAAUAAUUAUUUUAUUAGCUUUUGGGGGUUUAAAGAUUAAGAAAGUCACAAAGAUCUGAACGCAUGGGGGGUUUAGUGGUGGGCUGUGCUGUAAAUGAGGACUCUUUUUCCCCGUUUGUUGAGAACCCCCAUGGAUUAAGUGCAUGCGCGUUUGGUAAUCAGGUCCCACUUUGAAGCCUCUUUUUUCUUGUUGAUUUUAUGCUUUUGUCCUCUGCCUUGAUGUUGGUAUAAGAAAUCUAAAAGUAUGAAGAAAGUUGCCGGUGUGGAUGAGUGCUUGGAGUGGGAGCAUAGUCUCUUCCAUCAUGCUACUUUUGGGGGCCCUUUUCUCAUCAGCUCGUGUUGUAAAAAGGUUGGCGUGUUUUACAUGAGAGCUCAGAGCUGUACAGUGAUUUGUGGAUUGUCUCGUGGUGAUGCUUUUGUGUGUUUUGAGUGUAAAAUAAUUGGACUGCGAAUAAUGCAGCCAGCGCCUCUGGUGGGGGAUGGGUGGCUGUCUUUGCCUCAUGGUUUGUUGUUACUUGUUGUCCUAUUUUGUGUCCUUAUAUGUGUGGUGCCUUUUUGUAAAACUUGAAAAAUAUCUCUUGUGAAAUUUGUGAUGUGUUUUCGUUUU